AUGCCUGCAUUUAUCGCUGCAUUAGCAAUUUUUGAUGAUUAUCGUUCUGAAGUUUUACCAGCUAGUUUAUUGCGGGCACAACGUGACUAUUUUGGUGCUCAUUGUUAUAAACUGCCUUCUAAUCCAGGAAUUGCUUUACAUAUAAAUUGGACAUGA